AAACGCUCAAGCGAGGCGAGAAGCAACAACAAGCAGAGCAGAGAGACUUGGACAUUACACACAGACUGCUACUAACAGAGGAUCCGGCCGGACUCCAUACACUUUAAAUCCAGCAGCAGCAGAGGAGUGGGAAAAAAAAGUUUGGAGAAAUGCAGUCAGUGUACCAGCACCUGAUCAGCCUGCUGUUUGUCUUCAGCAGCCUGCAGGUUAACCAGCUGACGGAGGGCUGCUCGUGCGCUCUGACGCACCCGCAAGACGCCUUCUGCAACUCCGACAUAGUGAUUCGCGCUAAAGUCGUGGGCAAGAAGCUUCUGAGGGAUGGACCUUUUGGAACGAUGCGCUACACGGUCAAGCAGAUGAAGAUGUACAAAGGAUUCGACAAAGUCCAGCACGUGCAACACAUUUACACAGAUGCCUCAGAGAGUUUGUGCGGCGUGAAGUUUGACAUUAACAAGUACCAGUACCUGAUCACAGGUCGUGUGUACGAUGGCAAAGUCUACACAGGGCUGUGCAACUUCAACGAGCGGUGGGAGCGCCUCUCAUUGGCCCAGAAGAAAGGCAUCAACCAUCGCUACCAGCUGGGCUGCAACUGCAGGAUUAAGCCAUGCCACUACCUUCCCUGCUUCGUGACCUCAAAGAAUGAGUGCUUAUGGACGGACAUGCUGUCCCACUUCGGCUAUCCCGGCUACCAGUCCCGGCACUACGCCUGCAUCCAGCAGAAGGAAGGCUACUGCAGCUGGUACCGGGGCAUGACCGCACGCGACAAAACCACCAUCAACGCCACCGACCCCUGAACCCCAAAACAUUCUGUCCGGAAAUCUACUGCCACCUCCCUGACUCCGUCCCAUCCCGAUCACUUCUAGAGUAUUACAGGACUCUUAAAGCUCACUGGCCUGGGUGACAGCCUCUUUAAAGGGGCAAAAAAGAGAAAAGAACAAAUCCAUUACAGUGCCUGUUUCGUAGCACUUCUGAUAGAAAACAAUACCUUUUUUAUUGUGCAGAUCAUCCUGUUGAGCUGAAUCAUUUUCCCAAACCAUUAAUCAAACAGUCCUUGCACCAAACCGUCUCUUUGGGGUUCAGUGGUGUUAAAAAGUGACAGAUAUUUGAAGAACAACAAGAAGUAUAAGACCUCAGUCAUCCUCUAUUUGAAUUGAACUAAUCUCCAAGAAAAGCAGUGACCUGUACACAGUCAGAAGUAUCAUGAAAUUGGUGAUAGAUAGCGACCAUGUUAAUUAGCCUACUGCUAACCUAGUAUUAUGGUCAUUUUGUGCAUUUAGACAGUUUAUUUUUUAAAAAGCAAGGACUCUCAAAACUAAAAGUCAAGUAUCAGAUGAAAAUCAAUCACUGAAAAAAGUACCGCCAUUAAUUAAUAUGUAAAUUAAAGAUGUAAAGUAAUGUUACAUUGUUGCUCCUGAACUGCACUUGUUAGCAUUACACUCUUGCAGUUCUAGACAUCAACAAAUCAGAUCGAGUGCCAAUCUGAGGUAUGAUCUCUUACAGGCCUCUUUUUUUUUCUUUUUUUUUUUGGAAAAUGGUAUUGUUUUACAGUGAAGUAUACAUUGAUUAUGUUCACAGUUUUUACUGUAACAUGUGUCUUUAUGGAUGGUAGUAUCUCUUCUUACCUGAAUGUUUGCAAUGUAACUCAUUUUGCAGUUAUGUCACAAACAACACCCUUUCUGUUGAGCACUGUCAAGAAAUGCUAAAAAUGUCUGUGUAACAGUGCCAACAUUGGGGAGGGCUCACUUUUUGCAGAGAUGGUGAUAUUUUAUUUUUUGCUGUAUAUAACAUAAGCUACAGAAAUGAACUCAGCUGAAACCUCUGUAAUACAUUUAUUUAUAUGUUUAUUGAAUACGCAUUAACUAUGUGGUAUUAUCUGCAAAAAAAGAAAAGAAGAAAAAAAAAAAAACAGGUCAAAGCUACAUUGUGACAACCAUCGCAGCCUGCGCAACCAUCCAGAAUGAAGGACCAGCGUCUCUAGUGGUAUGGUACUUGUGGUACUUUUGCUUGUUAGCUUGAUCAUAGUUCCCCCGACUGGUACUCUUUACCAAUCCAAUGAAAGUCAAAUAUAAGCAGAGGUUUCAGACAAUGAGAUAUUUUGAAAUGUAUAUUCAAUCUUUUUGUAUUUAACUAUUUCAAAUGGACAUUAUAUAUAUAUAUAUAUAUAUCUAUAUAUAUAGAAAUGAAAGUAACAAUAUUGUCACUAAAUUCAUUCUUCUUCACCUGUUCCCCAUCUAGCUCUGUUCCCAGUGCCGUACCUUCAGUCCAUUCCAUUAACAGACACAGAUUUGCUUCAAAGGGAGUAACAGCCACUUCAUCACUAACGCUAAAAAAACACUGCAUUGCUAAUGCACUGUGGUUUUCACCAAGUUAGUUGGGUUUUUUUUAAAUUGCUUUCUUGCUUUUAGAGUUCGAUGAGAAGAUUGAUACCACUGUUAUAUGCUAAUUAAGCUGCAAUUAGCAGCUGGUUGGCUGUUUACAGCCUUCAUGCUAAGCUAAGCUAAUCAUUUCAUGGCUAUAGCUUCACAUUUAACACACAGAUAUGAAAAGGGUACCGAAAUUCUCAUCAAUCUGCAAGAAAGCAAAUAUGAGACCGUUGGCUAAUGUUAGUGUUGUUGCCUGUAAGCAACUAGCUUCGCUCUAUCCAGCUUUUUAAAACUGGAUAGCUUUUUAACGCUUAAAACAAACAAGAUAUGACCUGUCAGUUAUUCAUUUAGACCUGCUAAAUUUGAAUUUUUGUAAACUUUGGAAAUACCUAUCUUUAUGCGAGCUAGGCUAAUUGCCUGGUAGCUCUGGUUCAAAUUUAGUAUACUGAAAUGAAAGUGGUGUCAAUCUUUUUAUGCAUAAUUCUCAUCUAUCAGCAAGAGAGCAAAUUUCUUUAAAUUCAUUCAUUUCCAUUCCGAAAUGACAAAAUGUGGUGUUUUCCGUUAAUUUUGAAACAGUGUUUAGAUAGCCUCUGGACACUAAAGAUAAAGUCAGAUCAUAUCAGCAAUGGUUUGUAUCUGAUUCUCACCAAAAGGACAAUACUGGUCUGAUAAGUUUAUCUAAAUUACAAUAAAAGUAUUUUCACUGACAUUAAUAAAUUGGCCUACUUUCAACAAAACACCCUUCAAUCCAUUUAUUACUUUCAGCUUGCUAAAGAGUUAGCUUUUUUUAAGUGAACUUCUGAAUAGUCCUAAACCUGUCAGCCUCCUCUAAAAUAAUGAAUCUUUGGCUUGAGUUUGCUACAUACAAAGAAUCAUGAUAAUUUUGUUAUUAAGAGGUUACAAGAAAACAUUUACUGACCUUCUAGGGUAAACACAUGUUAGAGAUUUCUUUUUGUACAAAACGUCCUUUCUGUCUUUAUACGUGUUGAUGAGGCUUUUUCUCCAGCUGUGGCGUUUCUGUGUCACUAUUUCUGUGGUUCAUGUUUGUGUAAAUAUACUGUCUGCUUAACACAGAAACACGUGGUCAAGUUUGAACCUUAAAAAACAAAAAAUCCAAUCAAGGAAGCUGUGUACAGUCUGUGUGUAAACACUGAUUCCUGAAGUGUGUGUGGGGGGAUUUCCUUGUAGGGGUUAUAGAAAUGUUUGACUUAAUUUCUGUGUUUUAUAUUUUUAUAAUAAAGAUUUAAUGAAAAACGGUC